AUGACCACCAAUCCGUACCUGGACUCAGGUCCUUGUUUCAUCCAAGAAGAUGAGGAGAGGAGACUUCCUCCACCCAGCCGAUCAGAUGUGAAGCCUCAGUAUGUUCAUCACGUGGCCCCGAAACCUCCACCUGAAAUCACUCACUCCGCUCCCAAACGCAAAACUGUGAAGCAGAGGUGUGUUAAGUUCACUGUGGCUGCUGUGAUCUCCCUGCUGCUCCUCCUGCUGGUGGCCGGAGUCCUCCUGGCUUAUUACUUCUCCUCGUCCUGUGUGCACGGGAGGCAGUGUGGUGAUGGGAGCUGUGUGUGGGAGUCCCAGUGGUGCGACGGAGUGACCGACUGUCGCUCAGGCCAGGAUGAAGCCAACUGCGUGAGGCUGCGUGGCUCCAGCUUCCUGCUCCAGAUCUACUCCACUCAGAGUAAAAACUGGAGGACUGUUUGUUCUCACGGCUGGACCGAGCAGCAGGGGAGAGCGAGCUGCCAACACGUCGGCUUCACCCGUGGCACAUAUUUCAAAUCAGGCCAACAGCAGACUGAAUCAGAUGAUGGGUACCUAAUGGCGAAGUCUGACUUUAACCCUGAGGCCUCCUUACUGCAACAGCUGGUGCUCAGCAAAACCUGUCCCAACAACAGUGCGGUGACGUUGCGGUGUACUGAUUGUGGGACUGGGGUGAACUCCAGCAGGGCCUCUGGGGGCCAGCCAGCCUCUCUCGGGGCCUGGCCGUGGCAGGUCAGCCUGCAGGUUGCGGGCUCCCACCGCUGUGGAGGAGCCGUCAUCUCCCCCUACUGGAUAGUCACUGCAGCACACUGUGUGGCCAGGACCUCCAGCCCUGAGGACUGGGCGGUGUACGCUGGGAUAGUGGAUCCACUGGGCACCCUGUUUAACCCUGCGUACUCUGUGAGCCACGUUAUCGCCCACGAAGGCUUCAACUGGGUCACUCGCAGGAAUGACAUCGCUCUGAUGAGGCUCUCUAAACCUCUGGACAUCACAGCCUCCAGUAAUACCAGACCUGUGUGCCUCCCAAACGUUGGCGUAAACAUCACUGAUCCUCAGAAGGGCUGGAUAACACGAUACAGUCGCUCAGUGAAUGGAGACUCUAGCUCUCUUCACCUGAUGGAGAGUCAGGUCUCUCUCAUGAACACUGCAGACUGCAACAGCUCCAUCACUCACGAUGGCCGGAUAUCACAGGACAUGUUAUGCGCCAGAGAGACGGACGCAGUCGCCAACGUGUGCCACACUGACAGCGGCGGCCCUCUGGUGUCGCUGAAGGAUGGAGUAUGGUGGCUCAUAGGGGACAGUAUUUGGGGAGAACACUGCACCGAGCAGAACAAACCAGAUGUUUAUGGCAACGUCACGUAUUUCCUGGACUGGAUCUACCAUCAGAUGAGGAAGCAUCAAGACGUCUGAGGAUGACGGGACCAAAGAGGAACCAUCUGAGAUGUUUGUGUUUACAAAAGUGUGCAAAGAUAUAUUUUAAUAUCAAUGCCCCAACUAUAACUAUAUCAGAUACAUAAUGUAUUUUCUACAUUAUAUCACUGCUCCUUGUUUUCAUAAUUUAAAUUUACUGUUGAUGCUCAAAUUCACAUGAGAAGC